GUUCAUCCGUCGCGGAGGUUUAAACAACUCUUCAUUUAUUGGUUCAACUCACACCACCGACUUUGCAUUAUCUCUUUAAUUGAUAAACAUUUCAUUGUAGUUGAAGUUUCUCGCUUUCACUUACAGUCUGACAUUGUAUCGGAAGUAUCAUGAGCUCAAUCACUUCCCAAAUAGUCUCUGAUCAUUAUUCAGCCUUGGCUCGAGAAGAUGCUUCGUUGAACGCAGCACACAUCAGAAAGGUGGCAGAGUCUUUCGGAUAUUCUACUGAUGAUCUGGCUUCCGUUCCAGAAGGUGCAAAUCUCGGUGUCAGCUGUGGGAAUCCACUUGCAGUUGCUGGAUUGAAAGAAGGCGAAACAGUGAUUGAUCUUGGAUCUGGGGCAGGCUUUGAUGUAUUUCAAGCAGCUCGAAAGGUUGGACAGAAUGGACUUUCCAUCGGCGUCGAUAUGAGUCAGGACAUGCUAGACAGAGCGAAAAGAAAUGUCGAGAAGUCAUCCAUCACCAAUGUCAGAUUCGUCCUCGCACCAAUUACGAAGAUACCUCUAAGUUCUGAAAGUGCCGAUUGCAUCAUCAGUAAUUGUGUUGUCAAUCUCCUCGCUCAAAGUGACAAGAUCGUCUGCUUUCGAGAGGUCUUCCGCCUGUUGAGACCAGGGGGACGACUAGCUGUCAGUGAUAUCCUAGCGAAGAAAGUCUUCCCUGCGGAGCUGCAGAGAAAUAUGGGCCUCUAUGUUGGGUGUAUCAGUGGAGCUAGCCUUGUCAAUGAGUAUCAGGAGUGGCUGAAGGAGGUGGGCUUUGAAGACAUCAUGAUUGUGGACAAGAAGUCGGACCUUAAUAUCUACAAGGAAAGAGGCCAAGAAGAUACCUCAUCAUGUUGCGAUACAUCGGUUGUAAAGCCGCAAGCAGAAAGUUCGUCUUGCUGUGCUCCUUCAACCUCAUGCUGCUCGAGGAGUGGAAAUGCAGAAGUAGAUGGCAAGAAAGAACUAGCCAAACGUGUCGCGGACAUCGAUUUCAAUGAAUGGGUCAGUUCGUACAGCAUAUAUGCUGUCAAGCCUAGCAAAAGCCAAUAAGUGCUUACCGACUUCAUGUCGCGUUCGCGUUCGAAAACAAAAUAGCACUCAUUAGAUAGUUGCUGGAUUCACUUCAAAAGUUCCCUGGGUUGGUCGGACGUACUUCGGUUGAUUCUCGGGCAGAUAAGGGGGUAUCAGCCUUGCUUGAAGCGGGACAUUUCCCGCCUUGUUUACAUCCUUGAUCUUUACCAAGGCGACCAACAUCCAUUCAUUUCCCCAUGCAUAAAAGCCAAGGUGCGGAAAGACCUUCAAUAGCAUAUCAAUUCAAC